AUGAGAUCAAAAGAAAACAGUGAGAUUCAGGACAACUGGUGGUCGGCACCUGAUUCGCCUAUUGAAAUGUUGCACAAAUUCUCCCAGAAAGCUGUUAAAAGGGCUAGCGAUUCAUUACAAAGCUCGUAUUCGGGCAGCCCGAACCAGAACACACCGAAUCCCGAGCAUCAAGAAGGGCACAGGCGUACUCAUAGUGACUUAACCUCUUCAUUACCACGUAGCACGAGCUCGAUUAAUUUCCAGAAAUGGAAAUCUCAGGUUCAGAGGGCCCUUUACUGGCGUAGCCGAAGCUUCUGUGAGGAUCGACAGUAUUUUUCUUUCGACCCUGAAAUGCUGGCCAAUCAGAAGAGACAGUGGUACAAGAUUCAAUCAAGAGCAUUGGACCCUGAUAAAUUUAAAGAACCUGCUUCGUUAUUCGAGCACUUCAUUAUUGUUGGGCUUCGUCCGGAUACUAAUCUCGAGGUCAUCGAGGACACGUGUUUUAACAGAAGAAGGUUUGAACAAGAGAUGGAAAGUACAGAAAUGUCAGAUUUAAGCUCGGCAUUAGAGCCUCAGGUACUCUUUAAGUACCCUCCAGGAAAGAAGGUGGCUUUACGUUUGAAGGAUCUGGCUUCAUUUUGCUUCCCUGGAGGUGUUAAGGCAGGUGUAUUGACGAGAACUCCAUCACAGAGUGAGCUGAACGAACAACUCUAUGGACAGGGACACCUGUACCGAGAUGAUUCGUCAUUUGUGUUUUCGGUUAAGGUGGCAGAUAGCGCAACACUUUACGGUGUGUGCUUACACGUGCAAGAAUUUGUUCAGGAGCCACCAGCAAUGUCUGAAGUUUCAUCGCCUUGUUCAGAAUCAGAUCCCGACUCUAGCAGAUUCCUAGGUUCUGCCCCUCGUUGUUAUUGUAUAUUGACCAAAGUCCCGUUUUUCGAGUUGCACUUUGAGAUGUUAAACAGCAUCAUUGCACAGAAACAUCUAAACCGGAUUUCUCAAUUUGCCAAUGAUUGUGCUGACUGGAUGUCGGUCACGAUUCCUGCAGACGAUGAGGUGGCACAGUCCACGUGGGACAUAUGUUCUCCUGUGAGUAGUUGUACACUUGCCUUUGAUGAUUGUACUUCCGAGAAGUCUGAGAAGAUGUCCAUUGGUUUGGAUCAUAUCUGCCCUGUGAAUGAUCAGUUCUCCGAAACAUCUUUUAGUUCAGCUGUAAGUACAGCAUCGGACGAGGAGGUUGAUGAGAUAUUUUAUGAUUAUGCUAAAAAUGUCGCGUAUGAUAUUAGAAUGGUGAGCUUAAGCUGUAAUUGCUUUUCUCAUUUUUCUUUUCAUAUUCACUUCUUGCUACCGAUUUACUAG